CUCUUCUUGCUCGCGUUCGCGUAUAUAUCCCUCUCCUCACACACACAGGUGUUCGUCCAAAAUUCCGAACACAACCAAGCGCCAUUCUUGCAAGCGCGAUUCCCUUGCCAUGGUGCUCGAGGGGCAGGAGACACCGGCGGCGGCGGCGGUGCACGGGCACCGGCUGUCUACGGUGGUGCCGAGCUCGGUGACGGGGGAGGCCAACUACGACCUCGCCGACGCCGACCUGGCCUACAAGCUGCACUACCUCCGCGGCGCGUACUACUACCCCGCGGGCGACGCCGUGCGCGGGAUCACCAUCAAGUCGCUCAAGGACCCCAUGUUCCCCUGGCUCGACGCCUACUUCCCCGUCGCCGGCCGCAUCCGCCGCGCCGAGGGCGACGACGCCGACGCCGCCGCGGCGCGCCGCCCCUACAUCAAGUGCAACGACUGCGGCGUCCGCAUCGUGGAGGCCAGGUGCGACCGCGCCCUCGACGACUGGCUCCGCGACGAAUCCCCCGACCGCCUCCGCCAUCUCUGCUACGACAAGGUGCUCGGCCCCGAGCUCUUCUUCUCGCCGCUCCUCUACAUCCAGGUCACGAGCUUCAAAUGCGGUGGCAUGGCGCUCGGCUUCAGCUGGGCGCACCUCAUCGGCGACGUGGCGUCGGCGACCGCCUGCUUCAACACGUGGGCGCAGAUACUGAGCGGCAAGAAGCCCGCGGGCACCGUCCUCGAGCCGGCGAACAAGCCGCUGGACCGCGCGCCCGCCGCAGCCGCCGCCGCGCCGCCGCGCUCCGUCAAGCCGGUCGGCCCCAUCGAGGACCACUGGCUCGUCCCCGCCGGCCGCGCCAUGGCGUGGUACUCCUUCCGCGUCACCGAGCCGGCGCUCAAGAAGCUGCAAUCCGCGGCGGGACGCCAUGCGGCGGGCACGUUCGAGCUCGUCUCGGCGCUCCUAUGGCAGGCCGUGGCGAAGAUCAGGGCGGCGGCGUCCAAGGAGGUGACCACGGUGACCGUGGUGAGGACGGACAUGGCCGCCAGGAGCGGCAAGUCGCUGGCGAACGAGCAGAGGGUCGGGUACGUGGAGGCGGCCUCGUCGCCGGCGAAGACCGACGUCGCCGAGCUGGCGGCGAUGCUGGCCGGGGACAAGGUCGUCGACGAGACCGGCGCGGUCGCCGCGUUCCCGGGCGACGUCGUCGUCUACGGCGGCGCCAACCUGACGUUCGUCGACAUGGAGCAGGUGGCGCCCUACGAGCUGGAGCUGAAGGGGCAGCGGCCCGUCCACGUGGAGUACGGCCUCGACGGCGUCGGCGAGGAGGGCGCCGUGCUGGUGCAGCCGGACGCCGGCGGCCGCGGCCGCGUCGUCACGGUGGUGAUCCCCAGGGACGAGGUCGACAGCCUCCGCGCCGCGCUCGGGAGCACGCUCCUGCUGCUGCAAGACGCCUGAGCCCGGAGCGCCGCCGUGCCGCGCGUCGUCUUAACACGCGGCGCCGGCGACCGGCGAUCCGGCUGGUAUGAAAUUUCGACGAGCGUAGGACAAUCUUGGCGCCUCUUUUUUCUCUGGAAUUUACGAAGUCUGUACUGUAUCAUGAUGUACCGUAAUAAGUUGUUCGAGUGCCAGAAUGGAAAUGCAGUGUUAUAUACCACAGUAUACUUGUCAGAAAUUCAGAAUACAUUAUUGUAAGUACUUUUGGGCGUACGGUAAUUCAGAUCAAGCAUUAUUAUUUUUUA